AUGUCUAAUCCAUCUGGACUCACCAUCACAGACUCGUGCAUCACAACCUUCAACGAACUUCGAUCCGGCCGCGGCGCCAACAAACCCCGAUUCAUCAUCUACAAGAUCUCAGACGACGAGCAGCAGGCGGUUGUCGACGAAGUCUCCUCGGAACAAGACUAUGAGGUCUUCCGGCAGAAGCUUUCUUCUGCCACACACGGCAAUGGACACCCAGCUCCGAGGUAUGCGGUCUACGACGUAGAGUAUGAUCUUGGGAUGGAUGGCAAACGGUAUGGAAUACCUUCUGGGAUUUGA